CCCUGCAGCAGGAAUUGGGCAUGACGGGUUGUGAAGUUUGUGAAGAACAUGAGGCGAAAUAUAGAUGCCCUGUUUGCGCCAUAAAAUACUGUUCUGUUUCUUGCUACAAGAGACACAAAGAAAACAACUGUAUAGCGGAGAAAAAGUUGGAGGAUUCCAGUAACAAGUUGGCACAAUCCGGUUCUUUUGGAUUAGUAAGAGAGGAAGGCGAACUGACCUCAUCAGACUCAGAAGCUUCUGACAGUGACGAAAGAGAAUUUGAUUACAAAAUGUUGCAGCAACUUGAUCAUUCUGAUGAUAUUAAACAGAUGCUGUUAAAUCCUCAUCUUUGUGACAUGAUUGAAAAUAUUGAAGAAUCGUCUGAUCCAGAGAGAGCUCUUAGAGAUGCCUUAGAUAUUCCAAUAUUUACAGAAUUUGCCAACACCUGCUUGUCUAUAUGCUCGUCUUCAAAGAAGUAAAUAAGUGAGUAGUGAGCGUUUUGCUUAGAGCUACACGUACUUGUAGCCUGUACAGAGGCUUGUGUGUUGUCAAACAAACACCAACAUGUUGAACAUGUGUUAACUGAUUCUGAUAUGCUUUGAACACAAUUGCACACAC